CUGCGGAGCUACGAGAAAGUCACUUUCUGAGCAGUGAUUGAAUUAAAGAGUGUAGUCGUUCUUUCUGUUUAAGUAGUAGUGACGCAGGUUCUUAUGGCCAUAUAAAACUCAAUUAUUAUCUUUGUCUGACACCUAGAACGAAAAAAAUCACUUCUCUGAUAAACAAAGUCUCGAGUUUCUAUAAGUUUUUGAAUAAUAGUUUGUUAUAUGGUAAAAGCAAGCAGCCGGCUGGGUGACAGAAAUGGGGACCAAUUUCCCAUUCCCAAAUUUAGUAUUUAUCUUAGCUACUUCAUGCAUAUUAAUUAUAUCAUAUACAUAUACAUUCUCAUAUAUCAUACACAUAUACAUUCUAUAUUCUACAGGUUUUUGCUAAGUAUUUAAUAUAUGAGUUUUCUUACAACUAAAGCUAAAAGGGGUUAUCUCUACAACCAGUCAUAAUUCAUGCAUUCUUGGAUGAACAGGCGCCUAAAAAAACCAUAUUUUAUUUUUAGGAUAGUAGGGAGGUUUUGGGCCUCUCGACCUUGUAAGGGUCUGUUUUAUUUCUUUAAGGGGUGUAAUUAAGUUUUACAAUGUUUGUUUUAUUUUGAUGUAAUCACCCAUUUGUUUCACAAAUCACAAUUAUUUAUAUAUCACACUACUCUAUAUCAUAAAUUAAAAAAACCACAUGUUGAUGAAGUCCGUUAUCACAAGCUGAGGACUCAACAAGUGACAUAGAUCAAAAUCAGCUGAAAGCAUUUAGGAUUGAUCCAUUCCCAAGAACAUCCCCUUUUCCUUUUCUGGGUUGGGGCAGAAGGGCAAUUUUUUGUGUACAGGACAGAUAAGUACUAUUUAGUCCUUAAUUAAUCUUUGUUUGACCUAGUUUUUUGUUUGGAAAUUGAGUCAGCCAAGUGGAUGUUGCCCUCCCUGAGCCUUUAGCACCAGUGAUCCAGCAUUUCCCUUAGGAUUUAUUUCCACGAGUAAAGGAGGAGUUAGCUAUGUUUAAAUGUUCCAGGUUUCCAGCCUUACCUGGCACGAGUGAAGGAGUUUGACCCCUGCUGGGGUACAAGAGCCAGUCUAAAUGAAUGUAUAACCUGAACACUGCUACAGAUGUUGCUGGGAAGUACCAAAAACGUGCUGUGAUGACAUCCUUUGGAAGUGUUCCAGGCUGUUUGUAAUGUAGCUGCACCUGAAGAAAUCCCCGCUGUCUGUGUGCCAUGCUGACCAACACCAUGGGGCACCGUUUCCUGGGACAGGGAGCCGUGAUCCCAAGGAAGCUGAAGCCGUUUCUCUGCAGGAUGUUGUCGGGUUACAAACCCAAAGGCGACGUCAAGGACUCUUACAAAAUCCUGGAGCUUGAGGAAGGAUGUUCCCUCGAUGAGGUGAGGAACUCCUACCGAACCCUCGCCAAAAAGUACCACCCCGACAGCAGCUCCAGCGCGGCCGACCCCGCCGCCUUCAUCAGGGUGGAGGAGGCCUACAGGGUUGUGCUCAACGACGUGGCAGCCAAGCAGAAACCCGGCGAGGACAGCGAAGAGGAGGAAGACCAGUUCAAAUCCAAGUCCCUACAGCACAGGCACUACUUGAGUUUUGAAGGCGUCGGCAUCGGAACGCCGAGCCAGAGGGAGAAGCAGUACAUGCAGUUCCGAGUGGACCGCGCCACGGAGCAGGUGCUGGAGUACCGGCAGCACAGGCUCGGCAGCAGCUACCCUGAGACUGACCUGAUGAGAGCCAAGGAUGUGAGGGAGAGCAAGAAGGUGAAAAUAACUCAAGCGGUGGAACGGUUGGUGGAGGACCUCAUCCAGGAAUCCAUGGCCAAAGGAGACUUCGACAACCUCCGGGGCAAAGGAAAACCUCUGCAGAAAUUCUCAGACUGUCCCCACAUCGACCCCAUGACCCACAACCUCAACAGGAUCCUGAUUGACAACGGGUACCAGCCCGAGUGGAUCCUGCUGCAGAAGGAGAUCCGGGAGACCAUCGAGGGGCUGAGGAAGAGCGUGGUGGCCUCGAGGAGGAAGCUGGGAGAGCCCAUGACGCCGCUGGAGCAGAAGCAGUGGGGUCGGAUCUGCGAGCAGUUUGUGGAAGACAUCAGGAAACUAAACAAGAGAGUUGACAACUUCAAUCUGGUCGUUCCCAUUCUGAGCAGGCAGAUGGUGCAUUUCAGCCCAGAGAAGGAAAUUGUUCGAGCACAAAAGACUUACGAGGCUCUGGUGGAAAAGGCUUCUCAUCCAGACACGAAGGAGAGCCAAGGGGAAGAUGGUAAAAGGUUUGGGUGGAAGUAUUCUCUGUUUAAGUGGUUAAACUUUACAGUGAAAUAAUUUAAUACUAAUUCCUGUCUCUUGUGAAGAUUUUUGAAUGCACUUUAUUAAUGAAAUGUUGCACUCUAGAAAUUUUGGGUACACUGAAAAUGUCAAAUCCACACUGUUACAGCAGUUAAAAGAAAUUUGGUUGUCGGAUGGGCAUUUGCAUUACAAAUAAUGAAUUUAUUUUUAAAUAUUAUUAAAGGAAAUGUGCCAGUUU